CUUCAUACUCGCUACAAUUUUUUCCCUCCGACCAUUGCGAUGCAAAGUCGCAUCCAACGCGGAGGCCUUCCCAAGUUGGACGAGAAUGCUGGCACCGACCAGCCAGCGAAAGGUAGCGAUCCCUGGUCCGACCAAACUUGGGGAGAAAAUGCUUUGAAUUCCAGUGUAGUAAACGAGGAAUUCACUGUCAAUUUGAAUGCCGACCUAUUUUCGCCUCUUGCUUCCAUUGACCAGGAGGAUACGCAAACUUUUCUGUUUCCUAGCAAUCCGAUUUGGGAUUCCGGUGCUGUUGGCUCCAACGACCAACACCAACAAGCGCAUACCGUGACUCCGAUUGUCCAAGUGGCCAUUCACGAGCAGUUGGCGGCCAUUUAUGACCACAUUGCCGAAGAACCAACCUUCCGCAUAGAAGGUUCUAUUCACGUCAAGUCGUCCAAAAAGACUCCAGUAAAGUCACCUUUCUGUCUCUUGAUUCGAGACUCGCUGGAUCGAAUCGAGACACUCGAGAUGAACAAGGGGAAAUGCGUGGAUAUUUCGGAAAACAUGCCACGGAAAGACCUAUGCGCAUCAGAUCGCGAAUUACGAGUAGACGUGUCCGAGUCUCCCACAGACCGGGAGAUUCCCGUUGCUACAUAUACUUGUGUCCCCAAUCUCCGACCUGUGCCCUUGCUGGUGAAGAGCCGCGUACUGCGCACUGAUAGAUCCAGCCACAUUGGAUUCAAAAUCCGUGCCAAUCCUCAAAACAAGUAUCCUUUGUUACGGAUGGUAAUCAUGAUUGCCGUUCCUCCUUG